CUCACUUCCCUCCCCUCACUGUCUCUCUCCUUCCCUCAGAGCUCACACACAGAGCUCUCACUGCUACUUCCUCUCAGCCCAAAACGCCACCGUUUUCUUUCCACUUUCUCAAAAACUACAAUGCAGCUCCGUUCAGUUACGACGGUUACUCUCCUUUCCAUUUCCCUCCUUUUCAUCUUCAUUUCCAACGCCCACGCGCACAACAUCACGCGCCUACUCGCCGACCACCCUGAGUUCUCGACCUUCAACCACUACCUCUCCCUCACGCACCUCGCCGGCGAGAUCAACAGCCACACCACCAUAACCGUCUGCGCCGUCGACAACGCCGCCAUGUCCGACCUCCUCUCCACCCACCCUUCCAUCUACACCGUCAAGAACAUCCUCUCCCUCCACGUCCUCCUCGACUACUUUGGCGCCAAAAAGCUCCACCAGAUCACCAACGGCACCGCCUUGGCCGCCACCAUGUUCCAGGCCACCGGCUCCGCCCCUGGCUCCUCCGGCUUCGUCAACAUCACCGACCUCAAGGGCGGAAAGGUCGGCUUUUCCCCCGAGGACAACAAUAACCAGAUCAACACCUAUUUCGUCAAAUCUGUCAAAGAAAUCCCCUACAAUAUCUCCGUCAUCCAGAUCAGCAAGGUCCUCCCGUCUGACGUGGCGGCGGCUCCGGCUCCCGGUCCGGCCGAAACGAACAUAACCGCCGUCAUGUCCGCUCACGGUUGCAAAGUCUUCGCCGACACUCUUAUUGCUGACGUGGACGCCGAGAAGACCUUUGAGAGCAGUGCCGAAGGUGGAUUGACGGUGUUUUGUCCAGUUGACGACGCUUUCAAGGCGUUUUUGCCGAAGUACAAGAAUUUGACGGCGGCGAGGAAAACGGCGUUACUUGAGUACCACGGCGUUCCGGUUUAUCAGUCUAUGGCAAUGUUGAAGUCGAACAACGGAGUUAUGAACACGCUGGCCACUGACGGAGCGAGCAAGUUCGAUUUCACUGUGCAGAAUGACGGAAUGGACGUGACGUUGAAGACGAAGGUCGUGACGGCGAAGAUCACCGGAACUUUGAUCGACGAGCAGCCGAUCGCGAUCUACACGGUUGACAAGGUUUUGCAGCCGAAGGAGCUGUUUAAGGCCCAGGCUGAUACUCCGGCGCCGGCUCCGGCUCCAGAUGUGACCGCGGAUUCUCCCAAGCCGAGUACGAAGAAGUCGAAGAAGGCACCAUCUCCGUCGGACGAAGCGGACUCUCCGUCUCCGACUGACGAUGCGGCGGAUCAGGUGGCGGAUCAGAACGCAUCCGUUAGAUUCGACGGCGCGAGGUUUGGGUCGUUGAUUGUCUGUGUGUGGUGGAUUGUGAAGACAAUGUUGUAAGUGUUUUUUUUUUUUUUUUUUGGUUCCCAGUUUUUUUUAUUUAUAAUUUGGUAUUUAUUGAGGAACAGAAUAAGAGAGAUAGUGAUUUAAUUUUUCUAGUUUGUUUUAGUUUCUUUCUUUUUUUAGUGUGUGUGCAUUUUUUUUUCUUUCUCGGAAAGAAUUUCAAACAUUUGUAGUUGGAUUUUUAUUGGUGGAUGUUUGAAGAGAUUUUAUGAUUUUUUUUU